AUGACAGCGUCCGCAACUGACGAUGGUCCUCGUCUGAAGAAGAGAAGACGAAUUAUCAUAUCGUGCACUGAAUGUCAUCGACGAAAGCAGCGGUGUGAUCGUGAAUUACCAUGUGGGAAUUGCAAGUCUCGGAAUAAAGAGUCGGGGUGUGUUUACGAGACAGGCGCACCAACAGCUAAGCAGAGCCAACAUGGCCAUCAAACCACAGAAACUUCGCCUGCUCUAUCAACAGCCCCAGUAAAGAAGACUGAGCAUUCACCGUCUGGAUCUAGCGACUCGCUUGAUAAUGGGCCAAACGAGCCUUUGUCGUCCAAGGCUGCUGAUUGGGGGUACGCCCAUAACGGGGCAUCUACUAUGGGCAUCCUUAAGCGUAUCGAAACGCUCACCGACGGCGAAGAGAGCGCUGCAGAUUUCUAUGCCAAGUCUCAGGAUUCAAACGCUGGAUCGCAUGGCAAAGAGCUUGCUUUGAGAGAGAAGUACAAAGCCAUCAUUCGCCAAUUGCCAGCCAGGGAUUACAUUGACAAACUGGUAGAAAUGUAUCUACACAGCUUUAACUGGCAGUACUAUGUUAUUGAUCCUGACAUAUUCUAUACUCAGCUACAGGAAUGGAAUUCGCUACCAUUCUCAGUACUCUCAGACAUUGGUCCUCGCGGAUUGAACCCUGAGCUGCAAGCAUUUCCAGCUGUUGUUUUUCAGAUCAUUGCAACCGCGCUUCUCCUACUACCAGAGCGAUCUGAUCCAACAUUCGACUCGCUCAAGUUUGCAGGCGGUAUGAGCUUUGAGGAUCUGGCUAUUGAAUACAGCGAGUCGGGACAAGAAGUUGUUGAUCUUUUGGGGAAGAAGCACCUUUCGUUGGCAACAGUUCAAGCACAAUUUCUCCGGGCAUCGUUUCACAAGUUUACAGCCAAGGUGACUGAUGCAUGGCAUACAAUAUCUGUAGCAAUCCGCGACGCCCAGGACCUGGGGAUGCAUCGCGACAGCCUGGAUCCUAAAGCCGCGGAUUCAAGUGUGGAAAGUAUCUUGGAAAACCAAUGGCUGAUCCAGAGGAGACGAAGGAUCUACCUACUACUUGCUAUCUGGGACUUGAACUGCGCCAUGAUCCUCGGGCGCCCGGGAACGGUUGACUGGAACCAGACUCUUCCCACACCUCCAGUCGAUGCGCCCAUACCCCAGAACCGUAAUAAAACACCAGUCGUUCCUCGAGGGGAGGAUGAUCACCCUACACCCAUAACACGACUCCUGUGGAAUUACCAGCUCUGCAAGCCCUUGCGAGCUAUCCAGAACCUCGAGGUCCGGGGCUCAUAUCCUUUGGAUUCAGAAGAGAUCGAUCAAAUUCAUCAGAGUAUACAGGAUCUAGACAAGACGAUCCCGUCUUCCUUCCGUAUGGAUAAUCCAGACACACGAUGGGAUCACCUCCCUGAGGCACACUGGUAUACGGCAAACAGAUACUACUUUGCAAGCUUACACGGGUUCAGCAAGAUGGCUCUUCAUCGACCAUUCAUCUUCAAUCGCGCGGAGAGUAGGGCGGAGGCCAUUCAUGCAAGUCUCAAAACGCUCGAGAUCCAGAAAAUGACGUUUGAAGGACUUGCGCCAGACUCGUGGAGAAACUUUAUGCUCUUCUUUGCAAGUUUUGAUGCUAUCGUAUUGCUUGCAUCCGUAUAUAUCCUGUUUCCUCGAGAGCAUGCAGAGUACACAGACAAGACGAUAGAGCACUUCAAGUGGACCAUUGAACGCUUCUCCGCGAUCCAGGAGCGUAACCCGCUGGCCAAGUCUGCUCAGGGUGUAUUGAGAGCCAUCGUUGCCCGGUUCAAAAGAGCCAUAUCGAAGGCCAGAGAUGGUUCAGUGCCGUCUCUGACCGAAGGCUCUACGGCAGGGUCAGGCAAGACAGCUGCGGGUUCUACGCCAGGCAACUCAACGCUGGGAAGUGGCGACUUUUCGGGACUGAUGACUACGGAUUCGACGUGGAUGCUCCCAUCGGCGGAUGACAUGAACACGAUGGCACCUUUCUUUCCAACUGGUGAUCUGGUAUACAAUGACCUUACGGCGGGGCCUGGUCUGGAGAUGCUUCCUUUACCGUUGACAGAUGAUCAGACAUAUGAUUCAAUGUGGCAGUUUGGGGGAGGAUGGGGAGAUGAUACUGUUUGGCAAGUGUUGAAUCAGUUUCCAGCUGCGCCAGAGGCGGGUGCUCCUAAUUUCGUCUGA